GUGAUCGUGGAGUGUCAGCGUUGCAUCUGCGGCGCCUGCCCAGUGACUUCCAUGGCGCCGCAGUGCAAGGGACCCAAGGCCGAGCCUGCUGUCCAUGCACUGGGCACAUGUGCCCAAUCCAGGUGCACUGGCACAUCAAGAAGAGCUACCGGGAGUACUGGCGUGUGAAGAUGACUGUUAACAACUUCAACACGCUGAAGAACUUUAGUGACUGGAACCUGCUAGUGCAGCACCCCGGUAUGCAGAACCUGACAAAAGUCUUCAGCUUCAACCACCACCCGCUAGUCCAGUAUGGCACAAUAAGUCGAUCGAUUCUGCAAGGGGCUCGUGCUCAAGCAGACACGCAGGGAGUUGUGGUGGUUCGGCGAGCGCAGUGGUCUUGCAUGCGGAGGUCCGACGCGAUGCGUCUGCAUUGGAUUUGGCAGCUCCGACGAUGGCUUCGGGCGCCGCUGGUGUGUGGAGGUUCUUUGCAUGUGGUGGUGAGGGAGGGGGCGAUGAAGCCCCGGCAGCCUGGCUCGAAGGCCCGGGACCACGCUAAUUCGGCCUCAUGGGUCAGAGCAGACAGGUGCGAGUGUGGUGGAUCUGGUGUCUUCAGUCUUCAGCAUCCAUAUAGUUUCCUGCAUCAACACGUCUCAUGCAAGGCUGAGGCCAGGAACCACGACGGUUCUUAGAGCAACUCCAACGCGUUGACGCAAACUGUCCGCGAGUGUCCGUUUGGAUAGAAAGGGAUGAAAAUGACGGGCCAACACACGGAAGCAAACGGACGAGUGUCCGUGUUUUGUCUACACGACACCCGUUUCAAGCCCAAAUUUGAGCCGGGUUUGCGUCGGAGCGAAUGCGCGCGACGUCCACCCUUCUCCUCCCAAUGGCCUGCCAGUCGGUGGCACAUCUAGCCCCAUUUCACCCCCUUUCCCAAAUCCCUCCCGCCCGCUCACUCCCCCGCCCGCUCGCCAUGGACGGCGCGUCGAACCCCGACGCCGCCGCUGGCCUCGCCUCCACCGUCGAUAAGCCCCACAUCGUCCGCUACAUAUAGUUGCCUCUUAUCAAAUACUAAUUACACUCACUUAGUAGCUUCAGUGGGAGUUAUGUGAGAUGGUCAUGGAAGUAAUUCAAGGGGAAGCAUUUUCAUGAGUAUUGUUAAGGUUGAAGAUGGUUUUUCAGGCAUCGUCAUUAAGAAAUCAGAUGGUCUUUUCAAACGACCAGUGCUUAGAACAUACUCUCUUUGGAGCAAACUGGAGGCCUUUGGACGUCAUGAUUGACUAGCAGACGAGACAUACACAUGCACAACACACAUGAUCCAUGCACUGGCCCCUGAUUGGCCCGUUUAAAGAUUGAUUCAUCCAUGCAUGUUCAAGUAUGUACCCAUCACCUGCUACUAGACCGAUUAGAGGGAAAGCAUAAACGACAAGAGACUAUAUUUUUUAUUCCUGCUAACAAAUAUUGUCACACCUCACUGAGUAUUACUCGGGUUAUAAACAUACUAACAAUCAAUGGAUUUAUGAUUGGUUUUGAAAGAUAA